AUGGCUAUAGAGAUUGAGCAACCUUCUGUUGGACUAUCAAAAGUAGCUGUUUCUGAAACUCAUGGGGAAGAUUCCCCAUAUUUUGCUGGCUGGAAAGCAUAUGAUGAAAACCCUUAUGAUGAACUCAACAACCCCUCGGGAGUUAUACAGAUGGGAUUGGCAGAAAAUCAAGUUUCAUUUGAUUUGCUAGAAGCUUUCUUGGAAACACAUUCAGAAGCCUCUAGCUGGGGAAAAGGAGUAUCUGGAUUUAGAGAGAAUGCAUUGUUUCAAGAUUACCACGGACUUCUAUCUUUCAGAAAGGCAAUGGCAAGUUUCAUGGAACAAAUAAGAGGUGGGAGAGCAAAAUUUGACCCUGAAAGAGUAGUCCUAACUGCAGGUGCAACUGCGGCAAAUGAACUUUUGACAUUCAUUUUGGCUGAUCCUGGGGAUGCUUUACUAGUUCCAACCCCAUACUAUCCAGGAUUUGAUAGAGAUUUAAGGUGGAGGACUGGUGUGAAGAUUGUUCCAAUCCACUGUGACAGCUCAAACAAUUUCCAGAUUACUCCUCAAGCUUUAGAAGCUGCAUAUAGUGAAGCAGAAGCCAUGAACAUCAAAGUUAGAGGGGUACUAAUCACAAACCCUUCCAACCCAUUAGGGGCAACAAUCCAACGCUCAGUUCUUGAAGAGAUUUUUGAUUUUGUCACACGCAAGAACAUCCAUCUUGUCUCUGAUGAAAUCUACUCAGGAUCUGUGUUUUCAUCAUCUGAGUUCAUAAGCAUUGCAGAAAUCCUUGAAGCUCGUCAGUAUAAGAAUUCAGAAAGAGUUCACAUUGUUUAUAGUCUUUCCAAAGACCUUGGCCUUCCUGGUUUUAGAGUUGGCACGAUAUACUCGUACAACGACAAGGUUGUGACCACAGCUAGGAGGAUGUCCAGCUUUACCUUAAUUUCUUCUCAAACACAACAUCUACUGGCCUCCAUGUUAUCUAACAAGGAAUUCACUGAGAACUACAUCAAGACAAACCGUGAGAGACUAAGGAAGAGGUAUAAUAUGAUCAUUGAAGGUCUAAGGAGUGCUGGGAUUGAGUGUUUGAAAGGUAAUGCCGGGUUGUUUUGCUGGAUGAAUCUAAGUCCAUUGUUGGAGAAACCUACAAGAGAAGGUGAAUUGACUCUUUGGAACUCCAUGCUGCAUGAAGUGAAGCUAAAUAUAUCUCCAGGCUCUUCUUGUCACUGUUCGGAACCUGGCUGGUUCAGGGUGUGUUUUGCGAACAUGAGUGAGCAGACACUAGAAGUUGCAUUGAAAAGAAUCCAUAAUUUCAUGGAAAAAAGAGAAAGAGUUAGAAAUCUAAUCUCUUCUCAGUAA